AUGUUGGUUGCGGUUCUUCUAGCUUCUGUUUCAGAGGCCAGAAAACGAAACACAACUCAUAUUCAAUUUUACAUGCAUGAUACUCCUACUGGCCCGAACCCCUCUGCAGUGCGUGUUGCAGGCCAACCGAUCAACGCCACAGACUCCAACAUGGGUGCCAUGUUCGGGUUCGGGUCCAUCUAUAUCAUGGACAACGCACUCACUGCUACACCUGAUAUCAACUCCACCCUUAUUGGUCGAGCCCAAGGGCUCUAUGCCAUGUCUUCCCAGGAAAACGAGGUAAGCCUCCUCAUGACCCUCACCUACAACUUCGUCUCUGGGGUCUACAAUGGUAGCUCUGUCAGUGUGGUUGGUCGGAACCCUAUCAUGGAUGAAGUCAGAGAGAUGCCGGUGGUGGGAGGAACUGGUGUUUUCCGUCUAGCUCGAGGUUUUGCCAUUGCUAAGACACAUUCGAUGAAUCAAGUUGAUGCCAUUGUCGGAUACAAUGUCACCAUAAUACCUUUCUAUUAA